AUGCGGAGGGAAGGAACGGGGGGUGGUUACCGGGAAUGUGUGGGAACAAGCCGACGGAAGCGCCGAGCCGUGCCAUUGUUCCCGCAGGUUCGGAUCUGGUCCGGCACGCUGGGGCGGGCCCGUGGGGAGUAUGGGACAGGCGAGCCCCUGCCGGCCCUGUGCCUGUCUGUCAGUCGGAGUGGGGCAAGGCUGGCCAUCGGGUACCACAGCGACCGUCUGCGUGUGUUCCACCUCGGGACAGGAGCCCUGGUUGCAGAGUGCGAGGGUCCGCGAUCGCCGGUGCGAUGCCUCCAGUGGUUGAGCGGCGAGAGCCUCCUGGCGUCGGGGACGGAGGACGGCCUGCUGCGCGUGUGGCGCCUGCGAGGAUCCCGGGCGAGCUGCCAGCGUCUGUGCCGGGGUCACACCAGAGCCCCGGCUUCCCUGUCCCUGUCGGAACGCUUCCUGGCCUCGGCGUCAGACGAUUCCACCAUCCUGCUGUGGACGCUGGCCCAGCUGGUCGACCUGGGGGACUGCGCGGAGGUGUCCCCGGCCUGCGUUCUGAGGGGCCACUCGGACUCGGUCACCUGCUGCUCCUUCAGCCCCGACGGGCUCCACCUCGUCACCGGCAGCAAGGACAAGAGCCUCCUGUUCUGGGACGUGGCGGCUUUGCCAGGCCAGAUCUCGGACUCUCUGCUCUCCUGCCACCGCGAUUGGAUCACCGGGUGUUACUGGAGCCCUCAAUAUGUGGCUGACAGUUCUCUCUCUCUCUCUCUGUCUCCCGCUGCCUGCCCAGGUUCCAGUACCCUGUCCCUACAGAAGGCGGAGGUGAAGAUUAUUAACCAGACCAUCUGUAAUUCUGUUGUUGAUGAGACCGUCACCUCCCGGAUGCUGUGCAGUGGGUUCCUCGCUGGAGGGGUCGAUGCCUGUCAGGGUGAUUCCGGUGGCCCGCUCUCCUGUCGGGAAGAGAAUGGGAAAUGGUUCCUGGCCGGGAUUGUGAGCUGGGGAGAGGGCUGUGCCCGCAGGAACAAACCAGGAGUCUACAGCCGCGUAACGAAACUCCGAGAGUGGAUCCGAGAGCAGACCUCCCUGUGAGGGGAGGUGGGGGUGUCUGGGAGGGGGAUGUGGACACACAGACCAAUGGUGGGUGGGUGGGGUACUGGGGGGAAACAGACAGACCACCCACAGCUGUCAGAAACCCCCUCCCCAUCGCUGGGAAACUCGCCCAGUCACCAUGAAUACCCUCUGUCAGUGUCCAGACCCUCCACCACACUCUCAGGACACAACACCUCCCCCCACCCCUGUCACAUUACUCCCCCCAACCCCCCCCCUCCCUCCCUGUCAGGACCCCUCCCCUCCUCCCAAGCACAUCAUCACCCCGAGAAACUAGCGUCACCCCACCCCAGACACAGACAACCCUCACUUUACUCUGUAUCUAACCCCGUGCUGUCCCUGUCCCUGGGAGUGUUUGAUGGGGGGGACAGUGUAGAGGGAGCUUUACUCUGUAUCUAACCCUGUGCUGUC